AUGACUUUCGAGGAGGAAUUAAUAGCAAAAGUUCGUGCAAAUGAAGUGCUGUACAACGUAAAAAACGUUAACUAUAGAAGGAAAAACGACAAGGAACGGUUGUGGCAACAGAUCGCAUACGAGCUGCACUGCUCAGUGGAAGUUUGCAAACGUAGGUGGAAAAGUUUGCGGGACAAGUUCAUCAAGCUGAGUCGUAUCGAACAGUCCGCCCGAGGGACAUCCGACGAGGAACAACCGAAGAAGUGGCGAUACUACGACAGCUUGACGUUUCUGCAAGGAUACAACAAAGCUUCGGUGUCCACAACAUCAACCUUUCUGGAGGGAAUGUUCAUGGGCGACGAACGGUACGUGGACAUCAAGUGUGAGCAUCCCGGCUCCCGGCAGCAGCACCAGCACCAGCACCAGCAACAGCAGUACGUGCGCAACGAUACGACGGUAGCGGUGGCAGUUGAGUGCAGUUCCGGUAUUGUCAGCACCGACCGCUUUGCUGCGGACGGUCGCGGCGGAGCUACGGUUACACUAGACAUACCAAGCAGCACGGUAAGCGGCAGUAGCCGGAAACGCUCGUCUUUGGAUCUCAUCGAAUCGGAAUGUGUGAAAAUCAUCCGGACGGCGGCCGAAGCCAUCCAGCUAGAGGCCAGCUGCAAUAUUCGCAAAAGUAGCACCCAGCUUCUCUUCGAAGCCCUGGCGCUUCGCAUCGAUGAAGCUAAUUUGCCUGCCGCUCGCCUGAACGCACUCCAAACGGCUGUAACCAACUUGGUGUAUUCCAACUUAUGAACGCCAGCGGGCCGGCCUAACCCACACCCGUACCAUAUUGGCAAAAGUGGCCGGCUUUAGCUAAUUGUCCGCUGCUUGUAGUAAAUAACAGUCGGUACUGGCAAUAAUAGACGACAGGUAUCGGCGGAUCAUACAGUGAGUACUACCAUUCUCCUCGUGCUCUCUCUUUCUUUCAUGUGCUCAUGAAAAGUGAAUAGAAUCGUUGGUAAAAUAAUUGAAUAUAUAGUUACGUUAACAACACCAGAAAGAGAGAGAGAGAUAGAGAAAGUACGGUCCAUAACCAACCGUACUCGGGAUGCGCUGCGCGAAACAGUGCCGCAAGAUGUCGAAUAGGUAGGUCUCUAGGGUCAGAGCUCGUCAUAUAAAAUAAUGUAAACGUUACUUAUCGCGCCUGGUUAGAAUAGGAGAGUUUUCUUUUUAUGAUCAAAAUCAGUUUUGUCGCUUUCUGCACAUGGUAUGGUUUUGUUUAGGAAAAAAACGAAAGGUAGUGACAUUCUGCUGCGUCCGGUGGCGUAAAUUCGCCAAAUUGCUUAACCGCUCGUCU